AUGCCCGCCCCGGGCGAUCAACACGGCACCGUGGCGAACCCUUUCGAGGAGCCCCAGAGACGAAUGAGCGAAUACACGGCCCAGGAAAUUGCUACCCUGCAAAGUCGUCUAGAGAAGCAACUCGGCCCUGAGUACAUAUCCGCACGCGCCGGCCCUUCAGGUCAGAAGGUCCACUACAUCGCCGCAGAGAAGUGCAUCGCCCUCGCGAACGAGGUGUUUGGCUUCAAUGGAUGGUCCUCUUCCAUUCAGAACAUUCAGGUCGACUUCGUCGACGAACACCCGCAGACCAUGAAGAUCAGCCUGGGCCUGUCCGUCAUCGUCCGCGUAACGCUUCGCGACGGCACAUUUCACGAGGACAUUGGGUACGGCCACAUUGAGAACUGCAAGGGCAAGGCGGCCGCCUUCGAGAAGGCCAAGAAGGAGGGUACCACGGAUGCGCUGAAGAGGGCGCUCAGGAACUUUGGCAACGUGCUCGGUAACUGCAUCUACGACAAAGACUACCUCUCCAAGGUGACCAAGAUGAAGGUCGCUCCGACCAAGUUUAACGAGACCGAGCUGCAUAGGCAUUCCGAUUUUGCCAUCAAGAAGGAGGAGGAAAAGGCGGCGCCGCCGCCACCACCACUGGUCAAGUUGGAGACGGCGGAAUCGAUCGAGGACCUGCUUGAAGAUUUUGACGAGGCGGACUUUGCCGUUGUCGAAAGCGAUCACCCGGAUGAAGUGGUGCUUCCCACCGCAGCAAAUGGUGCUUCGAACGAUAGACCCGCGGGCGUUGCGCCAGCGCCCGUCCCCCAGCGUAUGCAAGCCCCGUCCCGACAGAUGGGCAGGAGCACAUCGACAGGGAACCUACGAGCACCUCAGACACCAAACCAGGCACAAUCGCGCCAGGUCCCUCCAAUAGCCUAUGGCAACCGGCCCCAAGCACCAAACCAGCCCCGCGCACCCACGAACCCGUCCGCUCCGUCCGCUCCGUCGGCCCCUCCAGCCAACGGAAAUAUGACCACGCCAGGGCAGGCCGGCAACGCCGCCGAGCCCAUUGGCUUUUUCUCCGCACGUGCUGUACAGCAAAUCCCGGAAUCUGCUUUGCAGGCGAACAACACUGACUCGCCUCUUCUGCUGCCAGCCGGGCAACAAGCCUUCAAUCCAAAGGCAGAGAGCCCAUCCAUACGAAAGACCCCCGGCAUAGACCACUCCGUUUCGAAGCCCCUCUCCAGGUCUGGUCAGCACGUCCCGCCUACUUCAUCGCAGCAGCCUUCGACAUCGGGCUUCACACCAGUCAAAAUGAGCAAUGCAGGGCCCGGCUCCGGGGGUGCUGCCGGUGUGCAGCACCUGCAGCUUAGCCAGAGUCGACGGAUCGGAGCUCCAGGGGGCGCAGGUAGUCCCUUGGCCAACCGGGGCUCCUACCGGCCACCGACCAUGAAGCGCCCGCUACAACAAGACAGUGCCGGAAGGCCAGCAUUGGCUGACGUGUCAACCAAUGGAGCGGCGGGCAAUGCUCCUGGUGUACAAGGGUUUGAUCCCAAAAGGCAAAAGAUGUCAUGA